UUUAAUUAACUAUACCCUUAAACAUUAAUGUUUUAAAAUGCGCACACAGAAAAAACUGGGAGGAAAAACUUCUGUUUUCAAACAUGACUAAUGAAGAAAAAACUCCUUUUGCACUUCAAAACACUCGAACAUAAAUUAAAAACAGUGUAAGCUCAGUUCUUAGGUUUCCUGUGUGACUCUUGCUGGAAAGCAGCCCGGUGACUGCGCUGACACUGUGCGGUUGGAGUAUCCAGGGGCCACCGGGGGCCCUCCUGACUCAAACAGGCAGUCUGUGCCUUUUAGGUGACGGGGGACUGGGUGUAACAUGAGCCGGGGUGAAAACUGUGCGCUGGAUCCGGCUGCCAGUGCAGAUGCGGUUCGCCAAAGAGAGAGAGAGGAGGUGCAUGAUGGAUCCCGUCCCACUGCUGCUCAUCAUGGCCACAGCUCUGCCAUGCUGCUCGGCCGUCUACACCGGGCCCCUCCAGCCGGAGAUCUCCAACGGCACUUUUCAUCACUUCUUCGUCCCGGAUGGGGACUACGACGCGACUGAGGACCCGGAGGUGUGCCAGAUGCUGUUCAAAUUCUCAGAUGUGUACCCCUGCGGGGCCAAUGAAGAGAGGGACUCCGUGGUGCGGGACGACUUCAUCAUCACCAAGCUGCAGGCGGAGGACGCGGCGCGGCUGUUGGAGGGCAUCGGCCGGACCGUGGCGCACGACCUGGACGGAGAGGACAGCUACGGCAAGUUCCUCCAGCGGGAGAUCAGCCAGAUCGGAGAGGCCUUUUCUAACGUGGACAAGUCUCUGGUGGAGCUGGAGGUGAAGUUUAAGCAGAGCCAAGAAACUGAGCUGAGAGAGGAGCAGCAGCUGAACGGCCACGUGAUGAAGCAAGUGAGUGACAUCAGAGACACGCUGAGGGGAACCACGGACAUCUCUGUGGGACUGAAGGACAAACAGGAGCUGCUGUCCCUCAUCAUCCGCAGUCAUGGGUCCAGGCUGAGCCGCCUGAAGACUGAGUAUCUUAAUGUUGGCUCUUAGUGGGGUUCAUUGUACCUUAAUGUGUGUGUGAGAGAGUGUGUUUCUGUCUGUAUGUGUGUGUGUGAGAGAGAGAGAGACAGGGGACCCUCCAGUUCAACAACAGCUGGAAAGUUCAAUGUGUAUCUUGAAUAUGUGUGACCUUUGGUUAUCCCCAUUCCUCUGACGUGUGUCGUUAAAGGGAGCUGGAACAAAAACAUCGACACAUUCCUCUGAGUCAGGAGGGGAAAGAGAAAUGUGGACAUAAAUGUAGUCUGCAUGGAGCCCUCUGUGCCACCCCAGAGGAAGAGUUUUAUUCUGAAGAGACUGUGAAAAUAAAAGCCCUCCAAGCGGAAUUUAAUGGCCAUGCAACAUCUGUAUUUCUGUCUGUGUGGUAUAAUUUAUGUUGUUGUUGUUUUUUAGGUUAUUAUUGAUCAAAUAAAUGUAAUAU